AUGUCAAGGUAUGUCAAGGGCUUGCACACCAGUGGACUCAGCAAGGGCAACCAAGGUUUUUCACUCACAGCAUUGUGGCAGGCAGAAGUGCCUGAGAAGAAGAGGAAUGGCAAUAUGGACGAGGACCAAUACGUGGUGCUGGCCAGCAAUACACCUACCGCCUUUGCGCGGGGGAAGGGGCCCACCCCUGCAGUGGCUGCCAGCAGCUUUUGCAGCAAUCUGACUCGUAUUGCUCGAACGUUGGAACAACUGGCCAUGAGGAGCGACGCUAACUUUUCAGGAGUUGCCAUGUGUGUUGCAGUGCAGAAGGCCUUUCGUGUAGUCGCAAAGAUGUCGUUCAUGCUUCCCCAUCUUCACUCUGGCUGGGCUGUGGACCAGGCCAUUCUGAGUGAAGAGGAACGUCUUGUGAUCAUUCGCUUUGGCCACGAUUACGAUUCAGAGUGCAUGAAGAUGGAUGAGAUCCUUUACUCCGUGGCAGAGAAGAUCAAGAGUUUCGCCAUCAUCUACCUGGUGGACGUGAAAGAAGUGCCCGAUUUCAAUACGAUGUACGAGCUCUACGAUCCUGUGACGGUCAUGUUCUUCUUCCGCAACAAGCACAUGAUGAUCGACUUGGGCACAGGAAACAACAACAAGGUGAACUGGGCCAUGAAUGACAAGCAGGAGUUCAUCGACAUUGUUGAGACGAUCUACCGCGGAGCCCGCAAGGGCAGAGGUCUGGUGAUGUCACCCAAGGACUACUGUACGAAGUACCGCUACUAA